AUGAUGUAUAGAAUAAUGAAAAAUAAGAAGAAAAAUGAAAAUAUAUCGGUUGAAGAAAAAGUAGAACAAUUAGUAGAAAAUAUUAAUACAGAAAAUCGUGAAGAAAUUAAAGAGCGACUAAUGUUUGGUGAAAUACUUUCAAGAAGUUUUGGAGAAGGGUACAAGUGCUUGAGGAAAAAGGUUAAGAACGAAUUCUUUAAUGUGGUUAUGACGGAAAAAUAA